AUGUUCAACGGCGGGGAGCGGAUCAGCGCUGCGGUGCUCUUCGCAACGGUGGGCGUUUCGAGCCCAGGGAGUGUGUCAUCGGAUCCGGCGUCUGCCAAAUAUUCCGUGUCGGCUUUCACUAUCGGCGACUGGGGCACAACAACGGAUCCGGGCUCGUGCCGCUCGAGCACGUUCAGCAACUACGACCUCAAUGCUGAGGCUAUUCCAAACGUCAUCAUCCGCACUACGGAGAUGCUCCAAGCGCUCGACAACAAGCUCAACUGGCAAGCGAGUGACACGAGCCCCAACGACGACCGCUGGAUUCUAAAGGAUUAUUUCUACGUUCACACCAUCGAAGACGCGGAGUCGGGCGUGAGUAUUGAUAUCUUUAAUGUCGAUGGUAACGAUGCCGAUGUCCACGGUGCCGCUGUUACCUGCUGUCAGUGCUACGGCUACGCGUCGAGCAACGACAAUAGCGGAUGCAACGACGUUGUCCGACAAUGGGGCAACGAUUCGCGUGCCCAACUGAAGGACAAGGUGGCGGCGUCGAACGCGACAUGGAAGCUCAUUAAUAACCAUUAUAGUCCGUACGAGAUCCUGAACUCGACGCGGGUACGACUCGCGGCGGCGGUAGCGGACAAACCAAGCGCGCUCAGUGCUCAGCCACCGACUUCCUCCGUCAACCGUCAAGGGAAGGUGCUCAAGGGGAUCAGUAUAAGGCGCAGGAACAACACAAGACCGAAGAACAAGGGCGUGCUGGCUGAGACUGCGUGGUUUGUUGCGGCCACGACAGCAGGAUCCGGCAUCCAAGUUUGCAUAUACGACCAUACGCACGGUGAGAAGCACGACUACGCGGCGUCGCAUUUCGUGGAGAACGGGGCGGGUGGCGGCAUCAAAAAGGAAGCGGCCAGCGAGAUUCCGUCAUAUGCUACCGCGUACGUGAAGAGAGAGUGA